AAUGAGUGAUUUCUAAAGUAGAUAAUAUGUAACAUAAUCUUCAUAAAGACAAUAUACAUCAGGCACCAAGGAUAAUAUCAGAAGUAUCACUUAAGAUAGAGUUGAAUAAGUAAUUUCUAGAGAAACACCAAAAGUUUAAGUAAAAUUAUCAGUUAUUUCAAGACAACCACAGUAGAAGUGGAAUAAAGAAGUGCUACAAAAAUUCCUAGAAUGUAAUCAUAACAGGUCUUGAGAACUUAAACAUAAGGUUUUGUUGGAGGAUAAAGUUAUAUUUCAAAUAUGGCUGCUAUUCCUUAAAUUGGAUAUUAAGGCAACUAUUCAGUAUAAUAGAAUUGUGUUGCUGCUCAACCUCUAUGCAUGAAUAUUAUUGUAGUUUCAAAAGAGGAAAUUGAAGCUCCUUGGAGAUUAGAGUGUGAAUACCUUUAAUCUUUGAUUGCUGAAUUAGAAAAAAGAAAAGAAGUCUAAGUUGUUGAAAAAGUAGUUGAAAAAGAAAAAGUCGUUGUAGACAACUCUAAAGUAUAACUCUUAGAAACACAAUUAAGAUAAUUAAGAUCAGAAAAUGAUUAACUAUAAAUGCAACUAUAAUCUAUGAGAGGGGAAAUUUAAUUGAGAAGUUCUUAAUCUGAAGACUUAGCCUCUAAAGAAAGAGAGUUUUUCAAUCUCAGACUUAGAUUUGAAAGUCAAAUAAAAGAUCUUGAAGACCAAAUCAGAAGAUUAUAGGAUGAAAAUGGUAGAUUAAGGAAAGAUAAUAAUGACUUACUUAUCAAAUUAAGAGAUUAUGAGGUAUAUAAAUACUCUAUUUAAAAAAGAAUAAAAUAGCUAUGUUGUCAUCAGAAAUUGAAAGACUAGCAUACUCUAUUAAAAUUAAAGAUGGAGAUCUUGAAGAUUGGAGACUCAGAUAUGAAUAAUUGGAAUCAUAAGGACAAACUGUUAUCCAAGAGAAAGUGACAUACUUAUCAUCUGAGGUGGAAGUAUGGAAAUAGAAAUUCAUCAAAGUUAAUCAUGAUUAUAAUGAAUGCUAAGAAUAAUUAACUAUGUGUCAAGCUGAAUUAGAAGCACUUAGAAAAGGAUAAAAGAAGGUAAAUUCAUUUAUUUUUAAUUUACAUAGGAAGUUGUUGUGUCAUCCUCAAGAGUUGUAACUAGAACAGGUGGAACUACUACUACAUCUUCAGUAGGAUAAACAAGAGGUAGUAGAACUUACGAGUAAUUUUAACCAUGAA